AUGAAGGCGCUGAGGCAGCUGCGGGAAGACGCCCUCACUCUGCCGUUGGAGCAGAUCGGAUUUCCUGCAGGCACUUCGCGCAGAGGAAGUCCAGGCUUGGCAUCGCCAGACCGCGCUUUCUCCACGCCGCCGCGCGUGGUGCGGGCGCGGGCGCUGGCGCCAGGAUCGAGCGUCUCCGAGGCAAGGGCUUGCUCUGAGUCUGCGGAGAAAAGGACCGCCAGGUGGCAGGUGGAUGCCGAUUGGGUGGCCCGCAAGUGGUCAAGCGGACGCUUGCUGCAGGAGGUGCCCUUGAGCUCGGACACGGGUCUGACGCGUGAAGGUUGGGCGCAACGCUUCGAGCGCCGGGAGUACCAGAUCCGCAUCGGCAAGGCCACCCGCGAGUACCAGCUCUGGUCUGAGCACUCCUUGCGAACGGGCCGGCAGGGCCCGGCGACCCCCAAAGCCGCGGAGCAGACGACGAAGUCCUCCUUCGAGGCUCAGUACGCAGAGUGGCGGCGCCAACUGCAUGAGAAGCCGCGUGCCUAA